AUGUCCCUUCCGCAACGUUUGCCGAUCGCUGCCGCGCUAGAGAAAGAGAAGGGUUCCCCAUUGGUGUUCCCGUCGAUGCCCUUUUGCCUUCCACCGCCCACCACCGCCGCAUCGGUGUUCCCGAAUCCAUUGAUCUUCCCUCAGAAUUUUCAACAAAUCUAUGCAAGUCUUAUGCAACAACAAUUCCUGAACUCACUGGCCGCCUCACAACAACAAUCCAGUCCAGCGAUUCGAUCAUCUGAUCCAUCUCCAUCGCUCUCUGAUCGAGCAUCGAGCGGCACUCAGACUCCGUCGAUCAAAAGUAAGUCAAGUUUAGAG